AUGGGUAGAGCUCCAUGUUGUGAUAAAGCAAACGUGAAGAAGGGUCCAUGGUCUCCUGAAGAAGAUGAAAAACUCAAAGCUUAUAUUGACAAGUAUGGAACUGGCGGCAAUUGGAUUGCUCUUCCCCAGAAGAUCGGUUUGAUGAGAUGCGGUAAAAGUUGUAGACUAAGAUGGUUGAAUUACUUGAGGCCCAACAUCAAACAUGGUGGAUUCUCUGAGGAAGAAGACAACAUCAUUUGUAACCUAUAUAUCAGCAUUGGCAGCAGGUGGUCUAUAAUUGCGGCCCAACUCCCGGGUAGAACAGACAACGAUAUUAAGAAUUAUUGGAACACGAAAUUGAAGAAGAAACUUCUAGGGAGGCGCAAACGGAUGUCGGGUCAAGAUCCAAAGGAUAUAAUAGUGGCUGAGUCGGAAACUUCAACUCCACCGGCUUUAAGUAACUCGGCUCUUGAGAGGCUACAACUCCAUAUGCAACUUCAAAGUUACCAAAACCAUCCUUACUAUAAUAACCCUACAUUAUGGCCCAAGUUACAACCAGCUCUUCAAGAUAAGAUCAUGCUUCAAACCCUCAAGAUCACUGAUAGUUUAUUCCACCAUAACAAUCCUCCUCCUCCUUAUUACAAUAAGCAGCAUGUAAAUGAUCAGCAUGAUUUCAAGAUGAACGAGUUCAUGCGCGAUUUUAAUGUCACUCAUCCUAACCAGCAAGGCGCUUCUUCGAGUUUUCAAGCUGAGCUCGAUAACUUCCUUAACAAUAACAAUAACAACAAGGGAGUUAAUCAUACCCCACAAGAGGAAGUGGUGAUGAAUGAAUUUGAUUGUUUGAGGGAAGUUGAUGGUUCAAAGGACGGAUUGAUUUGGUGGGGAAACGAGCUUGAACUCGACGGGAAAUCAGCUUCAUCAAACUCUUGGGAAUCUACUAAUUCAUUGGUUCAAGUUGAUGAGGGAAUCUAUCAUAAUCAUGAUGAUUAUGUGUUGUCCUACAAUUAA